AUAAGAAAGCACGAGGAUUUGACAUCUGCAUCUGGUACUGGAGUGUUGGGGCCGCUUCUUGCCCACUACGGAGCUGUCAUGGCUGCCGCUUCUACUUCCACCCCUGUAUUUUCACAGCCCCAGUUCACAGCCAUGAAUGAGCCACAGUGCUUCUACAAUGAGUCCAUCGCCUUCUUUUAUAACCGGAGUGGAAAGUAUCUUGCCACAGAAUGGAAUACAGUCAGCAAACUAGUGAUGGGACUUGGGAUUACGGUCUGUAUCUUCAUCAUGUUGGCCAACCUGCUGGUCAUGGUAGCAAUCUAUGUCAACCGCCGCUUCCAUUUUCCUAUUUAUUACCUAAUGGCUAAUCUGGCUGCUGCAGACUUCUUUGCUGGGUUGGCCUACUUCUACUUAAUGUUCAACACAGGACCCAAUACCCGGAGACUGACUGUUAGCACGUGGCUCCUCCGCCAAGGCCUCAUUGACACUAGCCUGACAGCAUCUGUGGCCAACUUACUGGCUAUCGCCAUCGAGAGGCACAUCACAGUUUUUCGCAUGCAGCUCCACACACGGAUGAGCAACCGGCGAGUGGUUGUAGUAAUUGUGGUGAUCUGGACUAUGGCCAUUGUUAUGGGUGCUAUACCUAGUGUGGGCUGGAACUGUAUCUGUGAUAUUGAGAAUUGCUCCAACAUGGCACCCCUAUACAGUGACUCUUACUUGGUCUUCUGGGCCAUUUUCAACUUGGUGACCUUUGUGGUAAUGGUGGUUCUCUAUGCUCACAUCUUCGGCUAUGUUCGUCAGAGGACUAUGAGGAUGUCCCGACAUAGUUCUGGACCCCGGAGAAAUCGGGACACCAUGAUGAGUCUGCUGAAGACGGUGGUCAUUGUACUUGGAGCCUUUAUCAUCUGCUGGACCCCCGGAUUGGUCUUGCUACUGCUCGACGUGUGCUGCCCCCAGUGUGAUGUUCUGGCCUAUGAGAAAUUUUUUCUUCUCCUUGCUGAGUUCAACUCUGCUAUGAACCCCAUCAUCUACUCCUACCGCGACAAAGAGAUGAGCGCCACCUUCAGACAGAUCCUCUGCUGCCAGCGCAGCGAGAACAGCAGCGGCCCAGCGGAAGGCUCAGACCGCUCGGCCUCCUCCCUCAACCAUACCAUCCUGGCCGGGGUCCACAGCGACGACCACUCUGUGGUUUAGGAAGCGGACUGAGGUGGAAAGCCAGCCGUCCUUAAAGGAGGGAAAAACAGCUUCUCCCACUCCAGGCGAGGUGGGAGAGGAGAAGAGUGGAAGAAACUCAGUGAACUUAUAACACUAACCAAUGGCAGUAUUUGUCCCUAGUCCUCACAAGACUUGAUGUUUGAAAACUAGCUUCUGUGACAACCUUUGUCCCAGUGCCCAUUCCUUCUAAAAAUAGAAAGUGGAGUUGGUGCGAUGGAUUCAAGAGUAGAUUCUGGAGUUUCUAUCUAGACAUCAACUACACUUUAAAUGAUUUUGUGUGUUUUUGGUGCAAGUUGGAAGAAAUUCUGACAGAUUAAAUCCACAAAUUCAAAUUACAUACAAACUUCCUUUUUUAUUUUUUUGAGGAUACAUUUCACUUAAUAAACAUGUUUAUGCCUAUCAGCA